UAUUAAUGGUCUCUUCACUCUUAAUUUCCACUAGUGAUCUUUGAUCUUUCACCCUAAUUAUCUCUAUCUUCACCCACAAGAAAAGAAAAGAAAAAGUAUGGCUGGCUUUAAGAAAUUGUUGGCAACCUUUUUCCUAAUGCUGAUGCUGGUUUUUGCCACUGAGAUGGCUGAGGCAAGGACCUGUGAGUCCCAAAGCCACAGGUUCAAGGGAACAUGCGUAAGGAAAAGCAAUUGUGCUGCUGUUUGUCAAACUGAGGGCUUUUCCGGUGGCCAUUGCCGUGGCGUUCGUCGCCGCUGCUUCUGCACCAGACACUGCUAAUCAAUCAAUAAUAUUUCUCGAGUUAAUUAAUCAGUUUCUUAUUUGAGUGUUUUUGUUAAGAAUAAUGAGUGUUGUCUUUUUUUUUUUCUUUUUUUGUCAUUUGAUCUUUCAGUUAUCGUGAAAAUAAGUAAGAAUCAAAAUGUACUCAGAAACUGAUCUUUCUAUUUCUGAAAUUUGAUGAUUUUGAUUGUGAGUCUGUUGUUAUUAGAACAUUUUGUUGGAAAUGUUUGUCCAUUUAUCUACUCA